AUGAAGGAUAUUAUAAUAUUUUUUGUUUUAUAUCUGACUGGUGUGAUAGCUUUCUUGGAAGUACCGACCAAUUACCACGAUGCCAUCGGUAUUCCUACUGCAAAGCGGAUAAAGGAUCUGGAAGAAGCCAUUCAGGCUAAUCAAACUGGAACUAUCGAGGACAGAAUCAUCGGUGGAAAGUUAGCACCUUUGAACGCGUACCCUUUUUUCGCUGGCUUACUUAUAAGUUUAGUUGGUACCCCAGAAAUGUCAGUAUGCGGUUCUACAUUAUUAUCUCCUAGUCGGGUGGUGACUGCUGCUCACUGCAAUUAUGAUGGCGUCGAACUAGCCUCGGAAUUUACUGUGGUUUUGGGCUCCAACUUUCUGUAUAUUGGCGGUGUACGUAUUGCCACUAGACAAGUCGUCAUGCAUCCUUAUUAUAAACCCGGGGCAGGAAAUGAUAUCGCUAUGCUAUACUUGCCCACGAACGUUAUAUUUACGGAUAUUAUACAUCCGAUUAGGUUACCAUAUAUUUCAGAGUUAGACAACCUAUUUGUGGGAUAUAAAGCCAUAGCUGUUGGUUUUGGAAGUACUAGCGACAAACAUCAAAAUACAGCUGAGGACAUAUUGAGCCACGUCAUGCUCCAGGUGAUCGACAACACUGAAUGCAAGCCCUUCAAAGUGACGCCUUACAUUAUCUGCACGAGUGGUGUUGGACCUGUAGGACCUAUUGGUAUUUGUAGCGGAGACUCCGGUGGUCCCCUUUUCACCUUGGACUCCAAUGGAAAUCCAUUAUUGAUUGGUAUCACCGCCUUCAGGAGUAGACUGAACGGUUGUGAAGGAGGUGACCCUUCAGGUUUCACUCGAGUCACCAGAUACAUGGAUUUUAUCAUUUCUAAUUUAGAUAUCAGACCAUGA